GAAGAGUGAAGGCGAGCGACGUCCAAACGGCUACUUUUGAGCAGGCGACUUUGCAAUGUUGGCGGGCGUCCUCGAGAAGCAGCCGUGGCACGCACCGUCGCUCAACAUCUACGACAUGGUGCUGCAGAAGGGCAGUGCGCUUGAGCCGACGCGCGGCCAAUCGAUCCUCCCGAACGCGAUGACGCCGUUUGAGUUUGAGAACGAUUUCUUCAAGGGCAAAAUCCUCAUCCUCCUCAAGACGCAGCCCGAGCCACCCACGUGGCAGCAGCUCUUCACGGGGCAUCGCCGCCUCUUUUGGAUCCAGCUCCAAGGUCGGUUCAAGCACGAGCCGCAGGGUCUCGUGUACAUUGGUGGCGAAGUCCCCAACAAGAUGCGACUCGGCUACGUCACGUCGACGCUCUGUCGCGUGCUCUUGCCCAUCUUGCACUUGCGCGUCUCUGGCUUGCACUACUGUUUCGGACGCCUUCAAGCGCCCGACACGGCCAAAGAGCUGCCGCACAUUAGCUUUCCGUUGCACCUUUCGGUAGACGAGUUUCACCGGACGCCCGAGGGGCACACGCCGCCGCGCUUGGGCCAGGAUGUCUUUGGCGAGACCGACGACGAGCGCGCGGCCCGGUAUGCCGCCAAGGGCGAGUACGCGUUCAACACACGCGACACCUACACGUUCUCGUUCCACAGCGAGUACGUCGACUUCGAGCGCUGGCAACUCGUGAACGUGCCCGGCCUCCCGAGCGUGCCGCUCGAAACCUUCUGGGAGACGAUGCCGAUGCGGAUCGUGGCGUACUCCAUCGCGUCCGCGACUGACAUGACGUCGCCGUUACCCCACACGCAGCUCGAGAAGCAGUAUUACAUGAACGUCGAGCUAUCAGCUGCAAAGUUUGCCGUGUGA